UAUCAAAGUAAUAACUUUGAGAUUCUUGACGUAAAACUAUAUACACCAACGAUGCGAUGCUUCGUGCCUUUCUGCGGAAAUACUUCUGGCAAUGAAUCUACGUCCGGGGAGGACGUAACCUACGAAUUACCUUCCAUGGGAAGCAAAGAAAUUGGAAGCUCAGUUUAAUACUAAGGAUGAAGAAAUUGACAAGCAGAUAAAAAAGUAUUAGAAGCAUAAUUGUCAGAGAAGGUAUAAACUUAAAUAGGACAAAGAUAUCUUAGCUAAUGAAAUUCAAGAAAAGCACAAGGUUAAAUGAAAAAUAAAGAUGAAAACUCGUUGUUGCUUUUUCUCCAAAAGCAAAGGAAUUAGAAGCUCAGUUAAAUAAAAAGCAUGAAGAAAGCAAGCUUAAAAAGGAAAAUGCAGGAUAUUUAUAUGUUAGGUGAAGAAACUUCUGCAUCAUUGCAAGAUAUUGAGAAUUUGUCACACAAACAAAGUGGUCAUUCAAAUAGUUCAGGUAAGGAAAGUCGUAAAAUAAGUAGAAAACGUAGACAUUCUAUAACAGACAAAGAUGGUACUGUAUCAAAGAAGCUGUGUUUAAAUGUGACUGUUAAUAGUAAUGAAGAUUCAGAGUUCCCUACUGAUUUACAGGAUAAGCCAGAACAUGAUGAAUUGGAUAAUACUUGUCAAACUAAGCAAUAUAUUCCUCAUCACUUGAUUGGACUUAUGUAUCAAUUACACUUAUCUGUGCUUUGCUUACUUAGAUUGUCUAUGUAUAAAAAUAAAUAUCCUCUACUGUCACUAGCGUUUGGAGAUUCAGAAAUUGAUAAAUUUAAUGAUAUUGUAUUUCGUUAUGAUAAGAAGUCUAUUCAUAUAAAAAUUGAAAAUGUAGAUAAGUAUUACUUAAAUAAUAGCAUUAAUUAUGCUAGAUUAUUCACUAAAGAAAAACGAAGUUUCGCUAUCAAUAACUACUUUGAUAGUUUUGUUAAAUAUCUAAUCUCUAAAUCUGAUAGUUUAUCAAAUAAUAUAGAAUAUCUUAUUGUAUAUACUAAUUCAGGGUUUGAUCUUACACCAGAAAAUAAUUUAAGAGAAGGAAAAUUCAAAAAUUUUUAUCCUUUUAAAUUUGAAAGCGUAAACAUAGAAGAGUUAGACAUUUUAAAGGACUUUUUGUUUAUAAAUAAUAAUACGCAAGAGAGUGGUCUUUAUCGAUUUUCGCGAGAUAAAACAACAAAAGAAGAACUUUCAGAAAGGUUAGAAUUUUCUUCUGCUAUGCAGAAAGUUAUAAAAGAAAGGCGGUUUUCUCAGGAUUUUGAGAGAGAAAUUAAAGAAGCAUUUAUAGAUAAAUUAGUGUUUGCAAUUAAUCAGCCUAAUAGAGAAGAGCUGAAUAGCAGUAUUAAAAAUGAAAUGGAAAAAAAUUGCUCAGUUGAGAAUGAUUAUAUAGAAUUACAGGAAAGAGUGUUACAUGAUCUAACAGCUCCAAAAAAGGAUAAAAAACUCGAGAAUCAUGUGUCUAGAAUUAUAUACGAGUUUAACUUAUUAAUGCUCUUCUUGCAUGACAUGUUUUUGUAUGAAAAUAUAUUUUCCAUAAAUUAUGAAGGAAAAAGCCAUGAUAUAUCGAAUAACAUCGCCCUUGAUUAUAAAGACAACAUUACUUACGUAAAGGCUUACAAUUCAACUAGUAAUAUUGGUUACAGUCAGUUAUUUCCCUCAAGACAACAUAUGUUUUCUAUUAAUAACUAUUUUACUCUUUUUGUUGAAGAACUAAGAGAGAGUGCAGAAUACUUUAUUAUUUAUACUAAUGCAAAUUUAGAUCUUACAAAAGAAAAGAAGUUAAAAGAAGGGCGAUCUAAAGAUUUUCAUCCUUUAAAAUUUGAUAAUGAUAAAGCUUUAAGAGAAUGUUCGUGUUCAAAUGAGAAUGGUCUUUAUCGAUUUGUGCAAGAAGCAACAAGAAAAAAGGUUUUAAAUCUAUUAAAGCUUCCACCUUCUUUACAAAAAGAAAAAGAAGAAAAUAGACUUUCUAGUGAAAAUGAACAAAAAAUAAAAGAUAUUUUUUUAGAUAAACUUAUAUUUGCAACAAAUCAACCUAAUAGGAAUGAAUUGAUUAAUAUUAUUAAAGAUGAGAUACAUACAUUCGAUGUUCCGUACAAUUUUGAAGAAUUACAUGAAAUAGCAUUACGUUGGUCAGAAUCUCAUGAAUUUGGCCCUCUUACAAAAGGAAUAAUGGAAAAGCUUUUGGGAGAUAUAAAAUAUAAAAGAUCUAGUUGUAAGAAGAUUCAAAACAAAAAUAUUAAUAAGGAAAUAAAAUUUGCUAAAAGUGUGGUUGGUAGAGAGGGAACACCAGCAUUUAAUCAGUUCUUGAACUUUUUAAUUACGGGAAACGGGAAAAAGUGCCUAGAAGUUUUAAAGAAAGAAGAAAUAGAUCUAUCUAAUAUGUCUAGUAUUUUACAUGUAGCAGGAAGCAAUGCUACAAAAGCUUUUACAAAUUUGUAUGAUAUUUGGUUUACUGAGCAAGGAAUUAAAACUCAAUAUUUAAAAGCUCUAGAAAAAGAAGGAAUCAAUUUAUGUAAUAUGUCUAGUAUUUUAGGCGGAGCAGGAUCUAAUGCUUCUAGAGCUUUUAAAGACCUAUAUGAUCUUUGGUUUGAUGUGGAAGGUAGUAAAACAAAAUAUUUAAAAACCCUAGAAAACGAAAGAAUAUAUUUAGCUCGUAUGUCUAGUAUUUUAAGUGGAGCAGGCGCUAACGCUGCAAAAGCUUUCAAAGACCUAUAUGACCUUUGGUUUGAUGAUGGGGAAGGAAAUAAAACGCAAUAUUUGAAAACCCUAGAAAAAGGAGGAAUUAAUCUAUGUAAUGUGUCAGGUAUUUUAAAUGUAGCAGGAGUUCACGCUGCAAAAGUUUUUAGAGACUUGUAUGAUCUUUGGUUUGAUGAAGAAGGUAAUAAAACACAAUAUUUGAAAACUCUAGAAAAGGAAGGAAUAGAUCUAGCUCGUGUGUCCAGUAUUUUAAGUGGAGCAGGAGCUAACGCUGCAAAAGUAUUUAAAGACUUAUAUAAUAUUUGGUUUGAUGAAGAAGGAAAUAAAACACAAUACUUGAAAACUCUAGAAAAAGAAGGAAUAGGUCUAGCGCGUAUGUCUAGUAUUUUAAGUGGAGCUGGAGUUAAUGCUGCAAAAGCUUUUAAAGACUUAUACGAUAUUUGGUUUGAUGCAAAAGGAAAUAUGAAACGGCAUUUACAACAUUUUAUUGAAGAUAAAUAUAGGAAUAAAAGUUUUACAUUGCAUAACUUGUCUGGUAUAUUAGGUAGAGCAGGAGGUAACUCUAAAGAUGCUUUUGCAAAGUUUCAUAAGGUUUGUUUUAGUGAUAAAGGAAAAAGAACAAACCUUUUAGAUGAUUUCUAUAAUGAAGGUUUUACGCCAAGUAACUUAUCUUCUACAUUAUGUGGAGCAGGAAUUCGUGCUUCUAUCAUUAUAAAGAGAUUGCAUAGUAAUUGUUUCAAUGAGAAAAGAGAAAAAACUAAAUUUCUAGAUGAUUUCCUUAAGGCAGGUUUUAAACCUCGUGAUCUAUGUGGUAUGUUGAGUGCAGCUGCAAAUAGUUUAAUAAAGUUUCAUGAUUUUUGUUUUAUGGCAGAAACAGAAAAGUAUUUGAAUCAUUUCUUAAUUGAGAAAGAAGGUUUUAGACCCAAAAACUUAUCUAAGAUAUUGCAUGGAUCAGGAGCAAAUAUUUGUUCUGCUUUAAAAGAUUUUCAUGAUGUUUGUUUUGAUGAAAUAGGAAACAAAACUCGGCUUUUAGAUGAUUUUUAUGAGGCAGGUUUUACGCCAGGUGAUUUAUCUAAUGUAUUAUCCUUAGCAGGAAACAAUGCUGCUUGCAAUUUAAGAAAAUUUCAUAAAUCUUGUUUUAAUAAAGAAAAUUAUUUACAUAGCUUCUUAGACGGGAAUAAACUUUUUACGCCGAAAUAUUUAUCUAAAAUUUUAUAUGGAGUAGGAAUAAAUAUUUGUCCUAUGUUUAAAAAAUUGCAUGAUCUUUGUUUCGAUAAAGCAGGAAAUACAACAAAAUAUAUAAAAAAUCUUAUUAAAAAUAACCCACCAAAUAGAAUACUUGAUAUAUUAUAUGAAGAAAUUAGAAAAUCUUCUACAUUGUAGGUAAUUAAAAAGUGUCACAUUGAAUUUAAGGAAGCUAAAAAUGAUUUUUAAUCUAAUUACGUUUCAAGAUUUUUGGUUGAUUUUGAAAUAUUGUAACUUUAUUUUACAAAAACUCAGUUUUACAACUCAGGAGUGUGUCCCGAAUAAACACACCUAUAGGUUAAAAAUAUAGCUUGGAAAUUAUGUGGUUGACUGAAAAUAAGCAAUGAGUUUUUCUUCAGUGUUUGAAAAAAGGACAUAAUUUCCUUAAUUUACAGUUGAAAGUUUUUUAGUCUUUCAACUUAUUUUUUACUAGCUGACGCCGCGCGGUUUUAACCGCGUGGUUCCCGUUCCCGUAAGAAUAUGGGGAUAAUAUAUAGCCUAUAGCCUUCCUCGAUAAAUGGUCUAUCUAACACAGAAAGAAUUUUUCAAAUCAGACCAGUAGUUUCUGAGAUUAGCGCGUUCAAUCAAACAAACAAACAAACAAACAACUGAAGAGUUUGUUUGUUUGUUUGUUUGUUUGAUUGAACUUUAUUAUAUUAGUAUAGAUUGAUAAAGGAAAAUUCUUUCCAAAAAGGCCCAUUUGUCACUACUUUUCAUCUUUUGUUUUUUUUUUUGGGAAAAUCGAAAUUAUUGUAAAAGGAAAUUGACUUUAAUAGAGGUCAACUGAGUAACCGAUACUAAAGUCUAUUUCUUCGUCUUCGUAUAGGAUACGCGGGGCCCGCUUUGUGAAAAGUGUUUGCUUUAUUAUUGUUUGGUGAUAUUGAUGCUGUAUUAUUUAACAUAUGUACCUAUGCUGUAUAUGUACCACUUUACAGUGAAUUCCAGAUCAAACCAUCAGUUUGUUAGUGCUGGUUUGCGCAAACAAUUCGUUGCUACGAUUUCAAAUUCAAGACUGGAUGAGAAACUAUAAAUAUCUAUGUAACUAAAUAAAAGAAU